UCGAGCUCGUGGGUUUCCGUCCCGCCUGCGCGCGUUCCACGUGCUCCCAGGCCAGGGGCGCAGAUAAGAAGGUCAGCCCGAUUGCGUCCCGAUCCCACGCGAUCCCCGACGACUCCACCCCCCGACUCCGAUCGAUCAACCCCGACGACUCCACGGAAUCCGCGGCCUUAAUCUCGGACUGAUUGAUUUUUUUUUUCCUCCAACGCCCCCCGCGCGAUCGAUCUCGCCAGCGUUCCCACCUCGUCCCGCGGCGGGCGGGCCAUGGCGGCGGUGGAUUUCCGCGUCCGGGCGGUGGGCUGGACGCUGGGCGAUGUGGCGGAGGAGGAAGGGGUGCAGGAGGAUGGGGCGGACGAGGACUGGGCGGUCGAGCUGGAGAGGAAGGGGAGUAGGGGGAAGCGGAGGAGGACGGCGCCGCGGGGGCGGCCGGGGACGGGGACCGGGACUGGGCCGAAGCGGCAGCGCAUGGCGGCGGCGACGCCUUCGCCGGUUUCGUCCGAGUCGGGGCUCGCCUCCCUGCCGUCGGCGCAGAGUGUGCCGCGCCCAAAGAUCGUCGAGCCUCCGGCGAAGGAUAAUAUGGCGCCGGCGCCGGCUGCUGCGGCGGAGGAGGCUGAGAGAGUGGGGGAGGACAGGGCACCCAGCACUAGCGGAAGAAGCGGCGGCGGGAAGAAGCAGGGCCGCGGGAAGGGCCGGAGGUCGUGCCACCAGUGCAAGAGGGUGAGGCAGUGGCCGGAGGAGAUGAUCAGGUGCCAGCGCUGCGACGAGAGGAUCUACUGCGUCGUCUGCGUCAGGAACAAGUACCCGACGAUGUCGGAGGCCGAGGUUAGGGAGCAGUGCCCGUUCUGCCGAGGCGUCUGCAUUUGUACGCUGUGCGUUGGCAAGGACAAGCAGGCUGAGCCCAAGAGCUCAGUUUUGAUGAAAUGUAAGAGCAAUAGAUCAGUUACAAGGAAGAAGAAGCCCACUGCCGCAAGUGUGAAGUCAUCCAGGGCUCGUAAUGCGGCGCAGCGAACUAAAGCAAUUGACCACUCUUUUGUGAGGACAAAUAGGAUUAAUAAUGCAUCUGCCGUGUCAGAUAAUGUAGAUGCAUCAGAUGUGAGAGCUGAUGAGGUUGAUGCUGAAACUAAAAGGAAAUAUGCCAGCUAUCUGUUGCACUACCUGUUGCCAUGUUUGACACAGCUCAACAAGGACCAGGUGGAAGAGAGAGAAGUGGAGGCCAAUAGUCGAGGAUUGGAAUUGUCAGAAGUGAGUGUAGAGCAGGCGGUUUCCUGGAAUGAUGAGAGGGUGUUCUGUGACAAUUGUAGAACGUCAAUAUUUGAUCUUCAUAGAAGCUGCCCAAAUUGCUCAUAUGAAUUAUGCAUUGUCUGUUGUAAGGAGCUUCGUGAACACUGUCUUGUGGGAAAUUGUCAGGAGGGACUUGUAUCAUAUCCUAAAAGAGGAUCUGAUUACAUGCAUGGUGAUGAGCCAUUGCACAAGUUAAUAGAUAACAAAGAAACAGGUUUGUCUAGUUACCAAUCUAAGGCCAUCAAAUGGGAUGCUGAUCCUGACGGGACUAUUCAUUGCCCUCCAUCUGAACUUGGUGGGUGUGGUAAUCAAGUUCUUAAGUUGAGACAGAUUUUACCAAAAGAUUGGUUAAGUAAGCUUGAAAUUGAUGUGUUACAAAUGAGCAAGCAGCUAGAAAUUUCUGAUAUUAUCAGUACAGAUACAUGUGAAUGCUCGUGUUCAACUAAUCAUGAAAGUUCUAGGAAAGCUGCCACUAGAGAAAAUUCAACAGACAACUACAUUUACUGUCCAAUAUCAGAUAGCGGGAAGCCAGAUGAUCUCAGGCACUUCCAGAGGCACUGGGUGAAAGGAGAGCCUGUAAUUGUGCAAGGGGUACUCAAGAAAAUGUCUCAUUUGAGCUGGGAGCCACCUAAUAUGUGGUCAGAAGUACAUGGUGCCAAUACUAGUCCCGAGAUGGAAAAUGUGAAAGUCAUCGACUGUUUGUCUUGCUGUGAGGUCGAGAUAUGCACCCAGGACUUCUUCAGUGGGUAUUAUGGAGGUCGGAUGUAUCCAAAUCUUUGGCCUGCAAUGUUUAAAUUAAAGGACUGGCCUACUUCAAACCAUUUUGAAAACAUUUUGCCUUCCCAUGGAAAGAAAUACAUCAAUUCUUUGCCUUUUCAACCAUACACAAAUUUGAAAUCUGGCUUGCUAAAUGUCUCUGCAUUGCUUCCUGGUGACAUCUUAAAGCUUGAUAUGGGCCCAAAAUCAUAUAUAGCUUAUGGCUAUGCCCAGGAACUCGGCAGAGGUGAUUCUGUUACAAAGCUUCAUUGUGAUUUGUCUGAUGCGGUUAAUGUUUUGAUGCAUACUGCCAAAGUUGACCCUUCUGAAGAACAAGAACAGGCAGUAAGAAACUUGAAAAUAAGACAUAAAGCACAAGAUGAAAAAGAUUGUUUUGGGCAUGUGGCAAUAGAUGGAAAUGAUACAAGCGUGGAGCAUGCAAAUAUAUCCUCACCUGAAUAUUGCGAGGAUGGUGAGGGAGGUGCUUUAUGGGAUAUUUUCAGGAGGGAGGAUGUUGAAAAACUGAAAGAGUACCUCACAAAACAUUCUAAAGAAUUUCGCCAUAUAUACUGCUCUCCAGUUGAAAAGACAUUUAACCCUGUACACGAUGAAACAUUUUAUCUAACCAAGGAACACAAAAGGAGGCUCAAAGAGGAAUAUGGAAUCGAGCCAUGGACAUUUGUACAAAGACUUGGAGAGGCGGUUUUUAUACCUGCUGGGUGCCCUCAUCAAGUACGGAAUCUCAAGUCUUGCACCAAGAUUGCUCUGGAUUUCGUAUCGCCGGAGAAUAUUCAGCAGUGUAUUAGCUUAACCGAGGAUUUCCGUAGGCUUCCAAAGAACCACAGAGCGAAAGAAGAUAAGCUAGAGGAAGAGGAAUGCUAGCACCCAUUGUUUUCCACUGCGGAUUAACAGGGUCUUGUUGACUCCCUCAAAAUUCCAACCCUCCUCCGUCACCUUGACGAGGGAGAGAAUAGGCAUAUGCAAAUGCUGACCGACUUGAAGACAACACCCGCCUCAUCGCCGGCCGGCCGAAACAAGGUCCAAGAUUCAAUUUGCCUCCACAUUAAGAAAAGAUCCCGCUGCUAAGACAACUUGCAACCAAGAUAGCAAACAGGCAUCCACAGCGGCGGAUCCAUAGGGGUUUGGGGGGGCUCAAACCCCCCUACUGAGCUCGAACACCAUUGAAAGGAAGAGGUGGAGAAAAGGAAGGAAAAGAAAGAAGAAGAGGGAGAAGAGGUAAAGGAGGAGGAAGAAAAGGAUCCACAAUCGUACUCCAUUAGCCUUCACUGCAAUGAAGAGGUGGAGGUCUGCCACUGGGCAUUCACAAUCGUACUCUGUUAGGCUUGACUGCAACGAAGAGGUGGAGGUCUGUGUCUUCGAACGAUGCCUAAAAGGAGGAAAACAAUGUUUUGAGGAGGCCGAUCCAGGAAACCAGAUCAUGGGUUUCCAUGCAUCACAGGACCUCGAAGAUCGGCUGGCCUCCCCUGUUAGAAGCUGUGACAAAUUGAGCCUUAUAUCCAAAUAAAAACUGUAAGGAAAAAGUUGUAAAGCUUCACAUAAAAAAAAAGUUGUUGUGUGCUACAGGCGGAGCGGAGAACACUCUUUUUUCUCUUAUACAUAUAAACUGAGAUACAGUGUAUCGAGAUGUCUCAAUGAAGUUAAAGAUGGUCAGAUGAUUCUUAUCCGUAAGAAAGGAAAAUGUGCUUGGCCAACCUACUACUUGUCUCCCACUUUUACAUUGAGGCAUGACUACAUUAUUAUAGAAACAAUAAAAGCAGAUGGAGUAACAGAAAUGGGUUUUUAUGAUCCGUCACUGAUAAAAUACUCAGAGACAGUUGCUAAGUAGAUGACUGAUCGUUUGGGUAUGCUAGAACUCAUAAACGAUUUUUAUAAAUUCGUCUGUUUUUAUCAUAUAGAUAUAGACGGUUUUUUGAAAAACCCGUGAUAUUGAUACAAAUGGUUUUUUUCAAGAUCCGUGUGUAUCUGUAUGAUAGAUAACAGGCCAGUUGUGAGAUUUUGGUGGUUCGAGACGAAAUUAAAUAUAGGCUUCUCAUUGAAUUAAAACAUCAAAAAAUAAUUAAUAUAUAAAUUAUAAAAUAAUAUUUGAUGUAUUAAAAAAAUUGAUAAACACUUAAAGUAUAACCAAACGACGAACGCAAAGUCGUCGAAUCACCGAUUAGAGCCCUUACAGCUUACACUGAUGUCGCUGUGUUCGUCACUGAAUUUGAUCGCCGAUGAACGAAGCAGGCAUGACUGCACGAGAGGAAACUAUCUCAUCGACUUUUCUACGUACGAGAGGAUUGCUAAUUUGUGCUGUUGCUAACCUACUGCGAAGGAACCAAAGUAGUAAAACUACUUCUUUUGGGCUAGCCAAAGUCCAAAGCCCAUGUAAGAUCAUGUAACAACGGUUGCCAGUCGAUUGGAAUUUAGACUGUUAUGCUUUGUUGAGUCACAAGUAGUAUAUAUGUAUACCUAUAUGGGAGGGGGCCCUGGGUUUUAGAGAUCCAGGGCUACCGUUCCGCUUGCCCCCCUCCAUGGUUGGCUCUAGAUAGAUACGGACGGAUUACUAUGAUAAACUGUUUGUAGUUAAAGAUCCGGGUAUUAUUUUAAAUUUGAUCGCUCGCUCUCCUCUUCCCACUACCCCUUUUUUA